AUGUUUAACAACCGGAACAACGCCCAGAAGCCUGAUGGUGAAUUCAUCAGUCGCUUCCAGCAAGCAUUCUCAGAUAUUGUCCCUCGGCGAGACAGCCCAGUUUUGUCAAUUGGAGACUCGCACAAUGUGAGGGCAGCAGAAACUUUAAUGUCCUCGAGAAUGGCCGAGAACAACGAUGUGAAAAUGGAGGGUCAUGGUAUCAAGUUCCCCCUCACAAACAAUGACCGCACUCCCCGAAAUAUGCAUGAACUGGGGUUGACGCCUUCAUGGAUGGAAUCCGCUUCAUAUUCCAUGAUGCCUCUUGCCAACCACCACCAAGGCUUUUAUACUCCAACUUCUUCCGGAAUGGGUGCAAUGUUCCAUAAUCAGGCUGGCGAUUUGCAUACUCCGACAGGGAUGCACUUGGUCAAUCCACUCUCGGGCAUGUCAGCUGUACACAAUCACCACAGCAAUGGCUUUGAGCCCUUCCACCCACAGUUCAUGAAUCCAAUGCAUGGCAUGAACCAAUACGCACAGCAGCCGUCAUAUGCACCAAGCGCAUUCAUGCACCGUGACACUGGAUAUGACGCCAUGGAUGAUACCCUCGACGACUCUUCCCUGAAUGAUGCACAUGCCGAAACAGCCUCCAGCAUCACGGGCUCUGCGGAAUUUCCGGCUCAAAUGGCUGGUGACAUGUCCUAUGCCAAUGGCGAAAAAUUCCGCUUCAAUGUUUCUCUACGAGCACCGACCGCAAUGGUGAAGAACCAGAGUGAAAUCCCCGUGACCUAUCUUAAUAAGGGUCAAGCAUACAACCUCUCAGUUAUCGACACAAGCCCCCCAAUGGUCAACCACGAACCGCUUCGAUAUAGAACAUUUAUUCGCGUUUCCUUCGAAGAGCAAGAACAACGAGCGAAACCAUCAACAUGUUGGCAACUAUGGAAGGAAGGUCGUGGUACCACCGAAGCUCAUCAACGGGGCGGAAAAUUAUUAGCCGUUGAAUAUGUGGAUCCUUUACAAGGAGGCAGUGAUGCCCACAGACAUCGACAGGUACAAGUCGAGAGUAUGUGCGUCGACGGUUUCUGCGUCACUUGGACUGCCAACCCAACGACCGGCGUAUCGGAUUGCAACAUCCCCGUGCGGUUUAAUUUCCUUUCCACCGAUUUCAGCCACUCCAAAGGUGUGAAAGGAAUUCCUGUCAGACUGUGCGCCAAAACUGAGCUUUUAUCCCCGGGCGAGGAGACAGGCGUACCGCGUGAUAUGGAGCUGUCUUACUGCAAAGUAAAACUUUUCCGGGAUCACGGUGCAGAGCGGAAGCUGUCCAAUGACGUUGCGCAUGUCAAAAAGGCCAUCGAUAAGCUUAAGCAGCAGGUCUCCCAAGCUGAAAUGGGUGGUGGUUUUGCGAAGCGCAAACGGGGCAACAAUCUUUCUGCUACUGCCAAGGGAUCUGACAAUCAUAUAAAGUCUGGCCACAAGCGAACUUGGUCGAUGGACUCGGAUGAUACUCCGCCAGAGAAAGUCUCCUUGGAGGAUGAUCUCCAAGCCAAGUUAUCUAUGAUGCAAGAGAUGUUCUCAUCUACUCGCACAGUUAGCAUUUUCGGCUUACGCGGUGAAAAAUUCGACGAUCCCGACUUAUAUCCUAUUCAGCUAUUAGGUGAUAGCAGUUCCCCUCAUUAUGGGAAUAUGAGCCGUUCAAGCACACGUGAAUUGGAGACAAUGAUGCCCUCGCCGCCCAACACCAAUACCUCUUCUUCGAAUUCACCGCCUACCCAAGCACUCAGAUUAGGAAACUGCCCAACUACCGUCCAGAGAAUUUCUUCUGGCAACCAAGUCUCAAGGGGUUUCAUAGAGGCCGUGGGUGUAGACUUGACCUACCGGCCUCCGGCGGAACGCCUUCCCAAACCGAUUGCCUGCUUUUAUGUUCGAUUCACUGGAAAUGCGAAGCGCUCAGAGGACUACUACCGUGCGAUCUAUUUGACGGAACGCACCGCUCAAGACCUCGCGAGACAAAUUACCGAGAAAUUUCACAUCGAUCCGAUGCAAAUUUCAAAUAUAACGCAUGCCAAUGAGAAAGGCAUCCGAGUCCUCGUUGAUGAUGAUGUGGUCCGCCAUCUUCCAGAGGGUCAAGACAUGAUCGUCGACAUCGAAGCAUCAGACCCCAAUGGCAGUGCUCCUGGCACACCAGGAUCUGCGAUUGAGAUCAAAUUAACCUAUUAA